UCCGAAUACACAAAUCAACAAGAACUACAUUUAUCUUCAUUUAUCUUUGCUUCUCCAUCUCUAGUUCUCUAUUUACACAUUCUCUUGAUAUUAAUCACCAUGAUUCCGUCAAGAAGUCAUGAUAUCAACGUCUCACGUCCUCCGUCGCUAAAACUCGCCGGAGAAUCCCACUCCAUCAAGAAAACGACGACGUGUAACGUCGUGAAGCAUCCACGGCGACAUGGACGGACAGCUCCAGUAAUCAUAUACGCGCACUCUCCGAAGGUGAUCCACACGCGCGCCGAAAACUUCAUGGCUUUGGUUCAGCAGCUUACCGGUCUCGAGGAGAUCAUUAGACGGAACCCUAACGACGUUAGCGAAUCUUCCUCUGUAGUAACGGAAGAGGUCAACGUCGGUGAUGAUGACACGAGUCAGGAGAGACAACAACGACGAAACUUAGCUGAUAUUCCAUUGUUCACGCCAAGCUCGAUGACCUUGUUUGGUUCUCCAACUCAACUUCUUUAUCUGUCACCAAACCGGACCGAUCUGGUUUAACAAGUUCAUAAAAGACUCCCCAAUGUAUACUUUUAUAGUUUCGUUUCAUAUAAGCUCAAUUAUGCGUUUAUUUGUUUGUUCGUUUGUU